AUGUAUACUUCCGCGUUGCUCUUGCUCGGAGCUUCUUCUUGUGCCUUCGCGGCUCCUACCUGGACCGAUGUAGUCUCGAGAACAGUAUCGACUAUUCACACUCGCGACUCUGGAGACUCAGACAAAAGCAACGGGAUCACCAUUGCAGGAAUCGUCAUCGGCGUGGUUUUUGCCGUCAUCAUUGCUGGCGUUCUAGUUAUGUAUCUCUUCAGCAGCGACAACUGCAUCACGCGGCGCGGCUGGUACCAGAGUCUUCGACAAAGGAAGAAAAGCAAAGUCCAAUCACAGCAUCUCAGUCCAUUCGACGACGACCAGGAAGCGCUGACAAAACGCGCCUCGUUUCAAUCGGAGCGCGAGUCUAUCAUGUUCAGUAGAAGCCGUGCGUCGUCACUACAGUUCGCCGUGGUUGAAGAGACAGAUCAAUCGCAGCGAAGAUCGUCGCAGCAGAUUUAUGUGUUACGGGGCGACACGUAUGUGCCGAUGCACCAGGUGGAUACGAUAAACACUGAGCAACCUCGCCCUGCGAUAGAGAGGAGGAGAGAAAGUCAAACCGACGACAACAUUUCGCCCAUAGAUGACCAGGCAUCAUCGCAUCCGAGUAUCCCGGUUGUCGUGACACCUCCUCUGGAGAGU